AUCCUGUUGAAUCAUUGGAUAAGUCUAAUAGGCUGGGAAGUUCCUAUUGGCUCUACCCCAACUCUUGGCAAAAUGAGACAAGCCGAACUCAGCAACCCAUCAUGUCAUCCGAUUCAGAGGCAGAAAGUGCAGCCGCGUCCAGUCACAAAAUCGACACUGGGGACUCUGGAGACAACGAGGCCCUCAGCAGUCUCAGGCGCAUUCUGGCGGAACAGAGUCAUCUCUUCGCAUGCGGGGGCGAUAUCCCCAUCCGUAAUUCCACGUCACCGGCUGAAGGUGGUGGUCAAGAUGAGCAAAGAAAAUCAGACCCCAUCACCAUUCGCUGGGAUCUGGAUGGGACUGGGGACGACCGAGCCUGCGCCAAGCUCAGCCUACCACCGGCCCAAGGAACGGAGGCAGGGCUGGACCGACUCCUCCAUCAUUCUCGACCCGCCACCUUCGGCCGCGGUGGCCAAGACGUGUACGACGAGAGUUAUCGCAAGGCACUCCAGAUGGACCCUGCCGCAUUCUGCACCACGUUCGACCCCUACUCGGUGGGGAUUGUCGAUGUCGUGGCACAGGUACUGCUGCCGAGCGUCUGUGAUUCGACCACCCACCGGGGCGUGCGCGCCGAGCUAUACAAGCUAAACGUAUACUCUGGGCCCUCUGGCAGGUUCAAGCCACACGUCGACACUCCACGUUCCGCCUCGCAGUUUGGAUCUCUGGUCGUCUGCCUCCCCGUAGCGCACGAAGGCGGUUUUCUUCAAGUUCGCCAUAAAGAGCUCGAGGUAACGUUUGACUGGAGCACCAACCAAGAAAAGCCCAAUGACGACUCAAUCGGCUGGGCGGCUUUCUACAGCGAUUGCGAGCACGAGGUGCUUGAAGUCACCAGCGGCCAUCGGCUCACCUUGACAUACAACCUUUAUGCCGUCCGCGGGGCUGGGCGCCUCACCGGUGUAUCGCCGACAUUGAAUCCGGCUUCCAUGCCCCUGUUCAAGGCACUGAAGGAGACGCUAUCCCAAGGCCCCUUCGGUGGCCGAGGUGGUACGAUCGGCUUCUGGUGCUCGCAUACCUACGCCUACAACCACACGAAAGAGGCGCCCCUGCCGGCCACCCUCAAAGGGGCCGACGCGGUCCUUUGGGAAAGCCUCCAAGCUCUAGGCCUCAACCCCAAAGUCGCACCGGUCAUCACCAUGAGCGCCGACGUCCGAGAGAGUUUCUCCGAAUGCUACGAUGAUGCCGAUCCGGAUCCGUGGCCCUACACGAUGCGUCUCAGGAAGAAGCUCCCCUCCGCGAUGCCGUCCGAGUGGAUUGUCGGGUUCAUGUUUGGCGUCCACGUCGACAGUGGUUGGCAGACCGAGUCACUGGAGGAUUAUCACAACAUCUACCAGCGAUGGGGCUCCUAUACUCACGAGCCGGUUCGCUGGCUUACGAUGCCAAAGCAGUCCGAACUACAAUUGGUGUACACCGCGUACGGCAACCAAGCAAACGCGGGAGCCAUGUACUCAAACUGCGCCAUUUUGGUGGAUAUUCUUCCUCGCGAAUAGGAAAAGAUGGCCACCUAAAGCUUGCCGAGUCCGACUUACCUGAAUAUAUCUUAAGACUCAAAAUAAGUAAUACAAACCUUUCGGCUUGAAA